GCUAGCCGCCAGCCGCCACAUUACAUAACGGGCCCACGGCCCGCUCUCGCGAGGUUUCCAACCCGCCCCCCCCCCCCCCGCCCCUCCUCGCUCCACGUCAGAGGGAACCGGGCGGAGCAGCCAACAUGGCGGAACGCAGGCGACACAAGAAGCGGAUCCAGGAAGUUGGUGAACCAUCUAAAGAAGAGAAGGCUGUAGCCAAGUAUCUUCGAUUCAACUGUCCAACAAAGUCCACCAAUAUGAUGGGGCACCGAGUUGAUUAUUUUAUUGCUUCAAAAGCAGUGGAUUGCCUUUUGGAUUCAAAGUGGGCAAAGGCCAAGAAAGGAGAGGAAGCUUUAUUUACAACAAGGGAGUCUGUGGUUGACUACUGCAACAGGCUUUUAAAGAAGCAGUUUUUUCACCGGGCACUAAAAGUAAUGAAAAUGAAGUAUGAUAAAGACAUAAAAAAAGAAAAAGAGAAAGGAAAAGCCGAAAGUGGAAAAGAAGAAGAUAAAAAGAGCAGGAAAGAAAAUCUAAAGGAUGAAAAGACAAAAAAGGAAAAAGAAAAAAAAAAAGAUGGUGAAAAGGAAGAAUCCAAAAAGGAAGAAACUCCAGGAACUCCUAAAAAGAAGGAAACUAAGAAAAAAUUCAAACUUGAGCCACAUGAUGAUCAAGUUUUUUUGGAUGGAAAUGAGGUAUUUGUGUGGAUAUAUGACCCGGUUCACUUUAAAACAUUUGUCAUGGGAUUAAUUCUUGUAAUUGCAGUGAUAGCAGCCACCCUCUUCCCGCUUUGGCCAGCAGAAAUGAGAGUAGGUGUUUAUUACCUCAGUGUGGGGGCAGGCUGCUUUGUAGCCAGCAUUCUUCUUCUUGCUGUUGCUCGUUGCAUUCUGUUUCUCAUCAUCUGGCUCAUAACUGGAGGAAGGCACCACUUUUGGUUCUUGCCAAAUCUGACUGCUGACGUGGGCUUCAUUGACUCCUUCAGGCCUCUGUACACACAUGAAUAUAAAGGACCAAAAGCAGACUUAAAGAAAGAUGAGAAAUCUGAAACCAAAAAGCAGCAGAAGUCCGACAGUGAGGAAAAGUCAGACAGUGAGAAAAAGGAAGAUGAAGAGGGAAAAGUAGGACCAGGGAAUCCUGGAACAGAAGGCUCGGGUGGAGAACGGCAUUCGGACACAGACAGUGACAGGAGGGAAGAUGACCGAUCCCAGCACAGUAGUGGAAAUGGGAAUGAUUUUGAAAUGAUCACAAAAGAGGAACUGGAGCAGCAAACAGAUGAUGGGGAUUGUGAAGAAGAGGAAGAAGAAGACAAUGAUGGAGAAACAACUAAAUCUUCCCAUGAAAAAUCAUAAUCUGACUAAUUUGGGACUAAAGUGCAAGAGGUUGGAUUUUCUAUGUUGGCUGAUCGUCCUAAUGUACACAUGACAUUUGUAGCAUUCUUUAAAUCCAUUUGCUGAAAUGUAUUUGACAUCCAAGCAAUUAUAUUCAGUCCUUCAUUUCAUAGAAUACUAUUAUUGGUACAGUCUAAAGCCAUUUAUAAGUUGUAUCUAUUUGAUAAUUUUACAAUAAGUAGGUCUUACUUGUUUUGAUAGUUAUCAAAGAUGCAUUUUCCACAAUGAUAUUUAGAUUAAUGGCAUUUUUGAUAGUUGUAUGGCUUUUUACUGUUAGAUUAAUCAAAAUAACCAAAAGGGAUAAAAGAGAAACACCAACAUUUCAGAUUAUGCAUAGUUAUGUAGCCAUUUCACAGUUUCUUUAAAAUGAAAUGCUUAAACUCCUUGUUCUUGAUAGUUAAGCUUUGGUUGAUUAUAAAAGUAUACCAGGGAAUUUCUGGGAUUCUGAGUUAGCAGGGUUCAAAAGCAUUUUGUGGAAACAAGCCAACUAGUCAUGGUGCAGUAACACUUUUAGUUUAGCUACAAAUUCUCCUUUUCCAACUUAGGAAAUCCAAACUGAUUUGUACAUCUGACUCAGAGAAAGAUAGUCAUCUCCAACAGAGAAAGCAAACAGCACUGGUUGGAAGAUGAUGGCUCUUCCCAUUUCCUUGUCGUAAAGUAAAAUGUAUUCUGUACAUAAUUUACAAAUAAACAUUUUAUUUUAAUUGUUACUUAUUAUUUAGACAUUUUUCUCAACACUUAAAUUUGUAAAAUUAAGACCAUGUAAGGGUAUGUUUUUAGAGAAAUGGAAGUUUCAAUAACCCACAGAACAUAUCUGUGCUCUUUCUACAGCAGCUUCAGUUUUGUGCCAACAUUCCAUGUAUUUGAAUAUGAGUUAAAAAGAUCCUUAAUAAAUAAGAGCAGACUUAAAGUAGCUGUUUGUAUGCCUUAAUGUUCAUUUUGAUUUAUCUUAAAUCGAUACAUUCAGAAAGGAGGUACUGUAUUACCAGACCAGGAGGCACCUCUAUGAAAGAUAAUUUACUGUUCUAAAAUAAUCCAUUUAAAAUAAAGAACAUAAAAGAAAACAUAAGAGAACCAUUGGACUCUUAAGUGCUUUGAACUAGUUUUGCAGUUUGAUUUUAUGCCUUGCAUUACCUUAGUUACAAAUCUUUCAGAAAAAUCUGGUGUUUACCUAUGAGCAUAAUAUCAUUCCUUGGAUUUAGACACUUCUAAAAUGAUGAUGAAUAUUAUAUUAUUUUCCUUCAGUCACAGAGCAUUUUGCUUUGUAGUUCAAAUAGGUGUUGUGGGUAGGUUUUUUUUCUUUAGGCUGUUUCCCAUCUAGUGUUUGACUAAAGAUGUUAAAUUUUUCUAAUUGUGAAAAAAGGCAUUUUCUGCAUACUGACACAUUUUAUUAAACAUGGCUUGACUGCU